AUGGCAUGUGUGCAUAUGACAGACCAGGAAAUCACAGCAACAGAACAACUCAUAACAACAACACAACUCGCGACAACAACAAAAACGACACAAUUCAACAACGACACAACUCACAACAACACAGCUCACAACAAUAACAACAACACAACUCACAACAAAAAGAACAACACAACUCACAACAACAACACAACACACAGGCAUCAAGACAUUGGCUGUCACGGUGGCGUGAGAUGUGGAGUAAUCAUAUUUGAUGAGGAGGAGGAGGAGGAAGAUGAGGAGGAAUUGAAGAGCCCCACCAUCAACAACUACGUUGAACAUAAACAAGCGAGUUUUCCACUGAAUUCUCGCUGGCACACUCAAAUCUCGCAGCAAAUCUCGUUACGAAAGCGACCUGUGUUGUCAUCCAUCAAGAGAUGA